AAGCGGCGGAAGGAAGAUGACGACCGAGAGCACAAGCAGUAGCACUGGCAGUGUGGACGUUUCGCAGUUCCAGCACACUCCUUUUUACUGCGAGGAGAAUGUGUACUUGGUAUGCAAGGAGCUGGGCGCAAAGGGAAUCGCCGAUGCGAACAGUUCUGAUCUUUUUGUGGUUUUUAUUUCCAACGAAAAGAAACAGAUUCCGUUGUGGCAUCAGAAGGCGAGUAACAGAGCAGAUGGAGUUGUUCUGUGGGAUUAUCAUGUGAUUUGCGUACAGAGAAAACUUGGUGGAGGUGGUGGUGAUUCACCCACUCAGUAUUUAGUGUGGGAUUUAGAUUCCACUCUUUCGUUUCCUUGUGGUUUAGGGAGUUAUGUUGCCGAAACCAUCCGCCCCACGUUUCAGACCUUCUCUGAAUUUCAGAGAUAUUUUCGGAUUGUGCAUGCCCCAAUAUUCCUCCGUUCCUUUGCAUCUGAUAGGAGGCACAUGAAAGAUCCUCUCGGCGAAUGGCUUCAUCAACCUCCUGAAUAUGAGCCGAUUGUUUCUGAAGAUGGGACUGUACAUAAUCUGAAUGACUACUUUAACAUUAGUGCUACAGAUGUUGUGAAGGAGGCAAGUUAUGAUAUGUCCAAUGCAGUUUUUACCGAAAAACUCGGUGUGGUUGUAGGUGAAAAUCAACUGGAAGAGUUUUUUACCCAAAUUCCUUGAUAUAUAACCAUUCUUGUGCCGUUUUCUGAGUCAAGUCUGUUGCUGUAUGACAUGUUGGGGCAGUUUGAGAAAUGGAAUGUUACUUCAAUAUUUAAAAAUAUUGCAUUUUUGGCUUCAAUGGUUGGAGAGUUUUUGUUCUCACUACUGCUUUCUUCAUUUAGAUCCAUGUUCCAAAAAGAAAUGUGUAUUCAAAUUAGAUGGUAUGGUGUUUUCAUAAUCGGUUCUCUGAGUAGUUUAGUAUAGUAUUUCUUCCUGAUUGUUGACAUUGAGAACCAAAUGUCUGAUCCACUAGAUUCUUGUUUAUUGUUUUAUGCAAGAGGUCUCGGAUUAUUU